UCCCCCCCCCACAAGCCUUCACCGUCAAAUCGAGACCAUCCACCCUUCCUACUGCACACCUCCCAGGGCGUCACCCAUCCUUCCUGUUUUCUCUAAGUCGUGUUCUUGAACCCUCAUCUUCAAUCAUUGCACGACAAGGUCCUCUGGCUCCUGACCACAUCCAUCUUACGAUUAUUCCAACUGACGUGUUGUUUCGCGAAGUGCCACCGUUUCUAGAUCCCUUUCGACUCCCGCCACCAUGGGUCUCACCUUCUCGAGAUUGUUCGAUAAGAUAUGGGGGAAGAAGGAGAUGCGAAUUCUGAUGGUCGGACUUGACGCCGCAGGAAAGACCACCAUUCUGUACAAGCUGAAGCUGGGUGAAAUCGUCACCACCAUCCCCACGAUCGGUUUCAACGUUGAGACGGUCGAGUACAAGAACAUUCAGUUUACCGUGUGGGAUGUCGGUGGUCAGGACAAGAUCCGUCCUCUGUGGAGACACUAUUUCCAGAACACCCAGGGUAUCAUCUUCGUGGUUGACAGCAACGACCGUGACCGUAUCGUUGAGGCCCGGGAGGAGCUUCAGCGCAUGCUGAACGAGGACGAGCUCCGGGAUGCUCUGCUCCUCGUCUUCGCCAACAAGCAGGACUUGCCCAACGCUAUGAGCCCCGCCGAGAUCACGCAGCAGCUUGGUCUGCAAAGCCUUACUCGCCGUGCCUGGUACAUCCAAUCCACUUGCGCUACUACUGGUGACGGUCUGUACGAAGGUCUCGAGUGGCUUGCGGAGACUCUCCGCAAGACCGGUCGCGACUGAACGGUUAGAUGAAUGUGUGACGUGGGGAUUCCCAGAUCAUGUGCGGGGACUUUUUGCGUGUCAUUGAUGCUGGAUGUUGUUGGCUCUCGAAACCGGGAGACUGGGGAGGCCGGGGCCGGCAAAGAACAUCUCGCAUAGGGAAGGGAUUUGCUGCUUUGGUACAUGUCUGUCCACUAAACUAACGGCUCUUCAUUCCUCUAUGCUAUUAGCCUCACUUUUCUCUUUUCA